AUGCACUCAUUAUUAUUGCGCCUUGUCUUGUUCACCGUAUUCCUUCUUUUCACCCACAACACUGAGGCGGCGCAUCUUCAGUUCCAAGACUGCCAGGGUCGACCACCACCCAAUACUAUCCUGUUUGAAGAUCACUUCGUACCAAAUACACUCCACGGUUUUCUGGAAAAGCAAAAAAAUGAGACAUAUCUCAGUUUUCAGCUCCUAGCCAAUUUUCAGACGUCGGCGGCUUGUGAGCGUGCCUUGGUCGACAAUGCAUCUGUCGAAUUGAGUUUAGGGGCUGUUGGUGGCACGAGGCGUUAUAACAGCGACCAUCAGAACGUGACCUGCGAGACAAAGAAGUACAAGCAGAACAACCUAGAAGUUCAUCUGCAGGUUUUCGAUGUUCUGUUCAAGAUUGAUGAUCCUACGCCGCUGGCGGCUUAUACAGUGGAACUCAACAUCGAUGGCCCGGAGCAUUUCUCAGUCGCUUGUCUAAGAUCUUUCAUCACACCAGAUAUUGGUUCAACUUUCCAGGGUAUCUCGUCUUGGGGACCGGUCUUGAUCUUUAUUCUGGUCAUUCUCGUUGCUGGAUGGCGAGAGUGGUAUAAUUUGGUGCAUCCGCUUGGCGACGACGAGGAAAACGGCCCAGAAAGAAGCCCAGACAGGUCUCACUUGACGAGAAUUGCCGAUUGUCUUACAUACCUCCAGUUCAUCUUCUUCUCGAGCGCUCUCACUCUCUAUCAGCCCGGGUUCCUACAACCGGUUGUUACAGGUAUCAGCUGGUCGACUCUCAUGCUGCGCAAGGGAAUUGUAUGGAGGGAAGCACAUUACUACGGUAUUCAUGAUGGCAUCCACGAGAUCAACGGCACUUUUGGCGGAACCACAGGCCUUGAGCAUAUGACCCAGGUCAUGGCUGCACCCGUUACAGUUCACACAUGGGCAAAUAUCGCCGGCCUUGCCUUUGUCAUUCUCAUUGGUCUUUACGGCAUCCUUCAGAUCGGUCUGCAUGUGAGAUGGACACGAGAUUGGUUUAAUCGGUCCGGGACUUUGACUCUUGAGAGUUCCACGCUUGAGCGACAGAAGGCCACUGUAUGGGUUGCUUUGAGGGUGUUUCUCAGCUACCUCCUGUUCCCAUUGACCGCUUGGACGACGUACCAACUCGACAGCGCGAGCGCACGACCGGUAUACUACAUCUUUCUCGUGAUUUCGGUUGUCGCCCUUCUCAUCAUUGCAAGCUGGUGGGGAUUAGCAUCGAGAAGUCCGCAGAAUAUGGGUUAUCUACUCAUCGACGACAUUCACAAGCAAGAUACCGAUGAAGAGCCUUCUCGCACACAAGACUACUAUACUUUCGUUACUUUCACACUCCUGUUCGCACGCGGUGUUAUAGUGGGUGGAUUACAGCGUUUUGGCACAGCACAAGUGUUUUCUCUAAUUACAUGCGAACUCAUCCAACUUUGCUUUCUAGCAUGGGUUAGAGCGGCGCCUGGGUUGCUCUCUAAGCCCUUCAUCAUGGCUGGCGCACGACUCACUAUUCUACUUCUCUGCUUGGGAAUGAUUCCUGACAUUUGGAGUCAUACUGCAGCGAGUGUGCUCGGCUAUAUCAUCCUAAUCUUCCACACCAUCUUUAUCGUUAGCAUGUUUUUUGUUCCUUCGGCGUUGGAAUUUGGACGACUUGCUGGUGCUAGCUAUCGCGAAUGGAAGAAUACUCCACCUCCAGAGUCCUCGCGAGAACGGCCCCAGGUCUAUGGUCUUCGACAACUGAGGAGACGUCCCACAAAUAGAACAAACCUCUCUGAAAGAGGCAUAGUCGACUACAGGAGCAGUUUGUCGUCUUCGGAACAUUCUUCCACCACCAACUCAUCAUCAAACACAUCAAACCGAGACUCAUUAAACCGAGACUCGGAUCCCGUAUCACCUGAACUUCUCCGCACAUACUUCCGCUCUCCAAGGCCUGAGCGAUCUAUAUCGAGUCUCUCCGAAAGGAACCAACAAUUUCUGUCGUUCGAAAUCGCACGGCCCAAACGAUCUAUCUCGAACCACUCAGAGAGGAAUCCUCGGUCAACAUCUAGCCUGUCUAACAGAAGUCGACGGUUCCCAUCACUCGACAGGCCAGAGACUGUCUACGAAAAUCCUCAGGAGAGGACUUCCGAAGGGUCUAGUAGAAGUGAGGAUAGUGGUGAGUCGGCAGAACUUCCGUCGCCGUGGGAGAUGGUGUUGCCUUUGGCCACGGAUGUGGAUUAUUCAGUGCGAGAGAUUGAUAGAUACUACGUCAGACCGAGACGAGUGUCAUUUGGGAAUUCUGGUGAUUAUUCUGAUGGGUCGGCUGGUCAGGCUUCAGGAUGGAUAAAUAAGCUCAGGUUCUGGUCAUGA